AUGGACGGCUUCCUUGGUUCAAAGCUCUUCGAGAACAUGGUGGACGACUCCGCCGGGACACGUGCGAAGCAGCGGUCGGACCGACCUGCAGUGGAGGAGGAUCUGCCGAAGAGAUUGAGUUCAGCUCCCAGUAAUCUCGGCACAGCAUGGAUGGAGCUGAUCCAGAUCACCUGCCAAAGAGUUGCAGUUGCGUGGGCAUUCGAAGUUGUGCCCUUUGCCAAGAUCCGGCAGUCAGAAAGGCCCAUGGUCUUCAUCCUGUCCGCUCUCAGCUGCCGGCAUGCAGGGCUAUUUUCGACUUGGAGGAAGCAAGCUGCAAAGGCCUACGACUUUUAUGGUUCGCCCACAUUGCAAGCCAUGUCGUCGAUAUUCUUCGACAACCACCUGGCUCUCGGGGAUGCUUCGCUUCCGUCUCAGAUGAAGGGUGAAAAUCUGCGCAACCAUCCCAUGGUGGCUGUCAGGCCACAUGCUUUCGCAGCAACACCUGCGGAUGUAUUUGUUUGA